CUCACACACAGUGAAAGUUGCCAAACACUCUGCUGACCCAUGUAUCAAAAUUAUACGCUUCAUUAAAAUUAAUACUGCUCUUCUAAAAUGCCCCACUGUUCCCAGGAACUUCAACAAAGACUGUUGUUCAGUAACGUCUCUGUUAGGGAGAGAAAGAAGACUUCCAACUUUUAAACUGUCCCCACAAGGAGCCCACACAGCCCCACAGGGAAACAACCUUCGUUCUACUGGUGAAAAGCUUUGGUUUUUUUUGGUUUUUUUAAAUGUCUCAUCAGUCCAAGACGAGCCGUGGCACGUUGCCUGAGUUCAUUCAGGGUCAGCAGCAUGGGCAACAGAAGACUGCUAAGCAGGCCAUUCUGUGCUGAAUAAAAGAAAUCUGCAUGGCUCUGCAUGGUCAUUAAAUAACCUUCACCGGUGCAUUUGAGCAUGUACAAUCCCCCCUCCUCUUCCAUAUUAGCACUUGCACAACAACUUCUCUUUUUUUUCUUUUCUUUUUUUUUUUGUGAAACCCCAGAGGGAAAAGUUUUCUGUUGCAGGUUCGGCACCAUCCUCUGCAGUGCAGCUGUCUCCCAGUCUCAGUCCUCAUCCCUCUGUGUGACCAUGGCUCUGCCUGCUGUUGUGUUUCUGUUGGCUCUCACUUCCCUCACUGCUGCAUCUGCACCUGACUGCAAGGACCUGGUCAAACCUUUUAUGCCAGAGGACCCCAAACAGGUGUUUGGAAAAUGGGUGUAUGUGAUGGGAGCUGGUGACCCCAAGCAAUACCACAUGGCACUGGAGUCUCUGAAAAGCUCCUGGAUCGACUUGUCUGCCACUUCUGACAGUCAGACUGUGACAUUAAAAUGGGGAGAUCACUGCUUUAACCGGUGUAUCUUGGGGGAGGUAAAUGCAACAAUCUCAGGACUUGCCACCACAUUCCGCAAAAAUCUGUCAGAGCACAAAGGACAUAUCCUACAGACUUGCUCUGACUGCCUGCUGUGGACAGACACCUUUCGAAAUGGGGAUGUCACUGGUAGAUACAUCCUGCAGUUCACAAGGACAGGAAAAAUAGAUCCCAAAAAUGUUGAAAUUUUCAAGAAGCAAGUUGGGUGUCUGAACUUCCCGGAGAACUUCCAUAGCUACGAUGGCGAAACAGAGCUGUGUCCUGACGACAAAGAGAGUGAGCAGCAAUAAAAAAGGACAAGAGAUAAAGCAACUUUUGUAUUAAGCAAAAUAUGUAUAAUGUAG